UUGGCCUUGGCAGAGUUGUAUGAAGAUGAAGCUAAAAGGCAGUCAUUGUGUCCUGACAAACCAACAACUACAAAGAUCAACAACACAAAGGUGUCACAGAGUCUUAAAAUUGAUUCUCUUAGAAGGUUGAGAAAACCAGAGAGAAGCAUGAGCGAUGACAAAGAAAACCAAAGAUUUUAUUCAGGUGACUCGGAAUAUAAAGGAUUACAGAUUUCUGGAGCUUCUAAUAAUCCAAGUAAAAUUGUUGCUGAACUCUUCAAAGAGGCAAAAGAGCAUGGAGCUGUCCCGUUAGAUGAAGCCUCAAGAGCAUCUGGUGAUUUCAGUAAAGCUAAGUCAUUUUCUGGUGGUGGAUAUAGAUUGGGUGACUCAUCACAAAAGCACUCUGAAUACAUAUAUGGGGAAAAUCAAGAUGUUCAAAUUUUGCUGAAACUAUGGAGGAAUGGCUUCAGUUUAGAUGAUGGCGAGUUGAGAUCCUAUUCAGACCCAACAAACGCUCAGUUUCUUGAGUCUGUUAAAAGAGGGGAAAUUCCUGUGGAACUGCAGCGACUUGUUCAUGGCGGCCAGGUUAAUUUGGAUAUGGAAGACCACCAGGAACAGGAAUAUGUGAAGCCUAGACUGCGAUUCAAAGCUUUCAGUGGAGAAGGGCAAAAACUUGGAAGUCUUACACCUGAAAUAGUCAGCACACCUUCUUCCCCAGAGGAGGAGGAGAAAUCCAUUCUUAAUGCUCCUGUUCUGAUUGAUGAUUCCAUGCCAGCAACUAAAAUUCAGAUUAGGUUAGCAGACGGAAGCCGAUUAAUACAAAGAUUUAAUCAAACACACAGGAUUAAGGAUAUUCGAGAUUUCAUUAUUCAGUCCCGUCCAGCAUUCGCCACAACUGAUUUUGUUCUUGUGACUACCUUUCCAAAUAAAGAGCUAACAGAUGAAAGCCUGACACUACAAGAAGCAGAUAUACUUAACACUGUGAUUCUUCAGCAAUUAAAGUAAUCUUCCAGUUUUUCAUACGAUAUAAAGAGCGUGCUGUAUUGUCAUACAAUAUAUUUCCAACAGAUGAAAAAAAGGAGAGAUCAGUGUCUUUUUAUUCCUCCACUUCCUUGGAUCAGAUUUUUCGGUUUUAUGUCUU